AUGAUUUUUGAUUUCUUAGCAGCAUUCUAUGUGGAUCCCGAAACAAAACGACGAACACCGACAUUCUAUUUGAUAUGGUUUGUCGGUAGCGUUCUGAUGGGUAUCGUUAUUUUACCCUGGUACAUUUAUUUUAUGAUUCGUCGACCACAGAUUCGAAAACAAGCAGCAGCUAAAGUCAGAUAUGAAUUGCUCGACGUAAGUUCAUGCAGCACUGCUACAUAUUGGAAAAUGCGGACUAACAAAAGUCCCAACUUAUAA